AACACUGCAUGUGAGUCACGUGUGAAGAGGCAUCAACUGUCAAAUUACCAUAACCGCACUUUUUUAAACCUUCGUUUCGAAAUCAAUUAAGUGAUUUAAUCAAUAAAUUGUCUGUUGUCGACCAUUUCGAGGCCACAAGUCCUAUCAAGAUUUCGUCCCCUAACAAAAAAGUGAAACUAACCGACAUGCCACGCAAAAUCAAGAUCGGCAUAAUCGGCGGUUCUGGCCUCGACAACCCCGACAUUUUAAAAAACGCUAAAACGAAGUCGGUCAAUACGCCCUUCGGCAAGCCUUCCGACGUGUUAACUUUGGGCCAAAUCGAGGGGGUUGAAUGCGUGCUCUUGGCCCGGCAUGGCCGCACCCACGGCAUAAUGCCCGGCAAUAUAAACUACAGGGCCAACAUCUGGGCCCUUAAAGAGGAAGGGUGCACCCAUGUCAUCGCCGCCACUGCCACCGGCUCGCUGCAGGAGCACAUCAAACCGGGGGAUUUGGUGAUCUUGAACAGUUUCAUCGACAGGACACAAGGGCGGAAACAAACUUUCUAUGACGGGGAGAAAAACCACCCUGUGGGGAUUUGCCAUUUGCCGAUGGAGCCGGCGUUUUGCGAAAGAACAAGACAGUUGCUUAUACAGACAGCCCAAAAGCUGAAUUUUCCUGUCCAUAAAACCGGGACUGUAGUCACUAUUGAGGGCUCCCGGUUUUCCAGCAAGGCUGAAAGUAAAAUGUUCAGGCAGUGGGGUGGGGAUAUCAUCAAUAUGACCUCAGUGCCAGAGGUUAUUUUAGCCAAAGAGGCCGGUUUGUGUUAUGCCUUAAUUGCCUUAGUCACUGAUUAUGAUUGUUGGAAAGAAAAUAGAGACGAACAUGUGACUGUUGCUGAUGUUCUUGCCACAUUUAAGAAAAAUGUGACUAAAGUUACUAAAGUGAUUAUGGAUGUGGUUCCUGCAAUUGCUAAAGAAGACUGGAAUUGGACUAUUGACGAGCUUCAGGACUUGGUUCAUAAUAGUGUUAUGAAAUAGAACCCAACUUUCUUGGCCUUUAUAAGCCUUAUACAGCACACAUAGUCAAAUUUUUGGUGUAGAUUGGUUUCAUUUGUAAAAAAAAGUCCAAGGUUGAAUCUGUCAUAUUUUAUAAGCAAGCUAUAUUUUUAUAAUUGUUACAUUUUACAGUCAAUUAAGUAUGCUAUUAUUGUCACUAUAAUUGGUAAAUAAAAAAUAAAU